AUGAAUGAGUUCAUGAAGAAGAUCUACAACACCAUCCCAUCUCAACGACCCGCGGCUAUUUUGGGCCUGGUGGACUUCCAGAACAAUGGACAGGAACUGGAUCGCGCACUUCUCGAUGCCUUCCAGACUGCGCUGCAACGCCGCGUGGUGAAGGAUCCCGAUCUCAAGGUGGUCUUGGCAGAAAUCGCCCGCUUGGAGCAAAACACCUACAAUCACAUGGCGAAGCUCAUGAACAUGGGUCAAGACCUCUGUGAAGAGGUGUUGGAUGAGGAGAAGCAAGUCCGCACAGCCCGGGAUGAAGCGCUGAAGACAUAUGUGGACAAGACCAACGAAUUGUUGAGAGAAGUGAUUGAAAAACUUCCUGAGUACAUUUCUGAAGCACACGAGGAUGACCAGGCCCAGGUCGGUCGCAUGGAGCGUGCCUUCUGGGGUGCCACAGGAUAUGAUACUCGGCUCUUGGAAGCAGUGUUGCAGAGACUCUGCGGAGACAUGGCCAAAGAGAGUGAAUAUCGCCGGGAUGCAUUGGUGCAUGUUGGUGAAGAAACUCGGCAGUGGUUCAAAGAGUCUUUUGGACCAGUUGGUGAGUUGACACAGGACAUUCGCAUCAAGCUGAGAGGGAAACCAGAACUUAAAAAACUUCUUGACAAGUUGACCGACUUCAGUGAACUAGAAGAAUCCUGGCGGAUCAACGGGGUUGAGUUACCCAUGUUCUCUUUUGUGCAGCGAUGCCAACACGAGACUUCAGAAUGGGAAGAGGCUGACAAGAAGAAACUACAAGAUCUGUACUAUGAUGCAGACGUUCCAGAGCUGGCCAGCUUCGAGAUUUGCUUUGAGACUUGGAAUGCGGGACGCAGACAUUGCCGCCUGGCAGCACUGGACUCAGCUUCUUCUGCGAUGCAGUUGCUGUUUCACUUCUUUCGAAGCCCAAUAGAAGAGCCGCGGAGCAUUGUGGCGAAAUUGAAGAAGACCCUGCAUGAGGAAGUUCGACAGGCAUGGAAAAAGGAGGAGGCGGAGUUGAAGAUCGAUCUGAGGAAGACGGCCUUGAGAGUCACCCAGAUGUACGUGGCACAGCGUGCACAGGCCCAAACCCGUCAGCUUGGGCAAGAUGAAAAGCAGGCCCUGACGGAUGCCUUGGAGUAUCAGCGCUUGCUGUCUGAGAACAAGGCUCUGCUACAGGACGAACUUCAAAGGCGGAUGGCAGAUGACCUACCCAAGGUGAAUUCUCUGCUUGAAGAUGAACGCAAGCAACUUGAAGCUCGAAAGGUCAUGGGCCAACCACCCAAAUUCAUUGUAGCCAAUGGAAAUCCAGAGAACCCUCUUUUGGUCAAUCCCCAACGGAUCAUGACCCAUGAGGGAAGAAGUACGGUGGUAUCUGGUGAUUUGGUCGCAAACCAUCCUGGAAUUGUAUAUGAAAGGGAGGUCUUCCCCCCCAGCGAAUUUCAUGUGGCCACUUUUUUGCUGCUGGAAUGGCUGCACCAAGCCCUGCUAAAGAUGGAGGCAGGGAACAGCCUUGCCAGCCUUCCCGCUGGCGCGCCAGCGGCAGCUUUACGCGUUGCCUCUCAAGCGGGGUCCGUCCAAGGUGUGCAGGCGAAUGAGCGCCACUGGGAUCAUUUGUUUGGAGCUGGAUGUGGCAGGUAG